UAGACUAUGUGUGUGUGAGCGUUGAUGCUCCUUUCAGCUUGUUGCUCUGAAGCAAAACAAAGUGGGUGUGCAGAUCAUCUUUCCUCCUCGGUUCUGAAGCUGUGAGGCGUCAUCAGCAAGCCGGCCGUCAGGGAGAAAAAGGCAGCUAACCAUGGCUGUACGCAUCAUACGUGGAAUGGAAGACCUGAUGGCGUCGGGCAGCCAGCUCGUCUGGAGCCUGGCGCAUCAGACCCUGAGGAGGUGGUACAACCGUGGGCUGAUGCCAUGCAGACGCUUCCUAGAAGCCUGGUUCAGGAUUGGGAAAUGCUACCAGAUGACAGAGGGCCGACUGUGUCAGGUUCACCUCCUUGAUGGCAGGAAGCUGGAGCUGCUGGUUCAGCCCAAGCUGUUGUCCCGUGAGCUGUUAGAUUUGGUGGCUUCACAUUUUACCCUGAAGGAGAAAGAAUACUUUGGGUUGAGCUUCAUAGAUGACACUGGCCAGAAUAACUGGCUCCAGCUGGAUCGUAAAGUCCUCGAUCAUGACUUCUCCAAGACUUCGGGGCCUUUGGAACUCAAGUUCCUGGUGAGGUUUUAUAUUGAGAAGAUCACCUUCUUGAAAGACAACACAACAGUGGAGCUGUUCUUCUUGAACGCUAAAUCUUUAGUGUUUAAUGAGACCAUCGAAGUGGAGAGUGGGAAUGUUUUCAAGUUAGCCGCAUUCGCAUUGCAGGAGGCAAAAGGAGAAUACAACAGUGCUGAUACUGCCAGAUCAGACCUGAAACAGCUCCCAGUUCUGCCCACCAGAGUGUUAAGGGAGCACCCAUCUCUCAAUUUCUGUGAGGACAAAGUGAUUGAACAUUACAAGAAACUGAAGGGACUGACCAGAGGACAAGCCAUUGUGCAGUAUCUGGCCCUGGUGGAGUCCCUGCCGACAUACGGAGUCCAUUAUUACCCAGUGAAGGACAAGCAAGGAAUACCGUGGUGGCUGGGAGUCAGCUACAAAGGCAUCGGCCAGUACGACUUGCAGGAUAAACUGAAGCCGAGAAAGCUGUAUCAGUGGAAGCAGUUAGAGAAUUUGUAUUUCCGCGAGAAGAAAUUUGCCGUGGAAGUGAACGACCCACACAGAAGAACAGUGACCAAGCGAACCUUCGGACAGACUGGUCUGGUUAUUCACACGUGGUAUGCCAGCCAUUCUCUGAUUAAAACCAUCUGGGUGAUGGCCAUCAGUCAACACCAGUUCUACCUGGACAGGAAGCAAAGCAAAACAAAAAUGACCACAACCAGGAGUUCAGGAGAUAUCGCCAUGGACCUCACAGAGAUCUGCGCCCCGCGGAUCACUAAACUCUCCAGCAUCGAGAGCAGGGACCAGCUCAUCAUGGCCAGCAACGGAAGCCUCAUCUCAGCCGGUUCAGCUGACUCUGAAGUCAGCGAGGAGCAGAAGAAAGAGAAGGUCGCCGAGUUGAAAAAGAAAGAAAAGGGCCUUCAAGACACACUGACGCAGAAACUUGAAGAACUGAAGAAGAUCUGCAUGAGAGAAGCUGAGAUUACGGGCAGAUUGCCUAAAGAGUAUCCCUUAGCCACAGGUGAGAAGGCUCCUCACGUACGCCGCCGCGUUGGGACAGCCUUCAAGCUGGAUGACCUUUUCCCCUAUGAUGAGGACCCACAUCUGAGGAAUCUGGAGAGCAGGUUCGCCUUGCAGCAGAAGAUCGUGGAAGCAGCCAUCAAGUUAUCCAACGAGGGCGACCUCGGCAAGACGGUGAAGAAGAAGAGGAGGAGCAACUGUCUGGACGCGAUGAGGAAGCUGGAGGAGAUCGAAAAGGAGAUCAAUGCCUACAGGAUCAAGAAGGGAAGGAAACCCACCCAGAGGGCCUCGCUGAUCUUAGCAGAUGAUUCCAACCCUUCAGAACUCAGCUCUCUGUCUGACAGCCUCACUCUGGAUGAUGAUGAUGACCUCAGUUCCCAGAGGCAACGGUCCAGAUCGGUUCAGUAUUCCCCACGACCACACCAUGCAGAAACUCUGGACAUCCACUACAACAAUGAGAGACGGAUCUCUGCCAAUGACCAGCAUGCAGACAGCAGAUUAAAUUACGGCCACGUCCAGGAAUCACUCCACUACAGUCACCGCGAUGCCUUAUCGAGCCACAGCAGCCCUUUUAAACCGGCUUCCAGACAGCCACGUGAUGCCCGCAGCAUGCCCCCCACCCCCCUCCUCACCCGCAACGCCUACAGCAGCACACAGCUCAGGUCAGAGGAUGCUCCACAGCAUUUCCGCCAGCGUAGCGGAAGUCUGGAGUCCCAGUCUCAGCUCCUGCCAGAGGCCGAACCUCCCGUGCCAACGUUCACCUUCUCCCCAGCCCGACGCAGCAACAGCACCGAGGUCCUCGAUGACGGCUCCUCCUACACGAGCCAGUCCAGCGUGGAGUACAGCGUCCCCGGUAACCACACGCACAGGCGCAGAGCUCGCGGCCGCCACAGAAAAGACCUGUACGCCAACACGGGCAGCAUGCCCAACCUGGCCCAGCCAGACACCCGGUGCUACGCCUACCAACCACGGGCCAGACCCACCACGACAGCCUACUAUGUCACGGGUUAUCCCAGCUACGCAGAACCGGAGCCUUAUUCCAACGGAGUGUACAUGUACGACAACGAGAUGGAGGGACACUAUAACGUCAACCCUUCGUACCACGCCGCCCCAACAGCUUAUCACAGCCAUGACAUGCACAGUCACUACGGCAACGACGAGAUGGACGGCAUGUCGCAGAACCCUUACGCCACGCUGCGGCCGCCCAGGAACCGCCAGGUGCCCCGCGGCAACGAGCAGGUCGGCAAGAACAUCCAGAAGGCUUUGGUGGCUGAACACUUGAGAGGCUGGUACCAACGCAACGCCACGCACAAACAGCCAGCUUACAACUACGACUACGACAGAGGCUCCCAGCAGAGCCUGGGCUAUCAGACGAUGCCCGCACCCCACAGCCACAACAACAGGAACAUGUCCUACUCCGCAGUGUCCACGGCGUCCUCCAGUGGAAACUGGCACAGCAACAUGAGCAGUGUUGGUAUGUCGGAAUAUGACAUGCCCACGCACGCGCCGCAAUCCUACGCCUACAGCACAGCCCCCUACAGCCACUCCGCCCACAACAGAUCCUACAUAGAUGUCAGCCAAAUGGACUCACACCUCAGUAACCAAAUGCACACUAACCCAGAGCCCGACGACCAGAUUCAGUGGCACGAAGACUCAAAACCGGGAACAAUAGUCUAGUUGCCUGUCUGUCAUUGUGCUGUACGAAUUCUUUCACCUUGACAAGUUGUCAUUGUGCCUUAGACUGCACUUACCUGUUUUCUUUCUGUACAAGAGGAUCCAAAGAAUGAAGGAACUUUAACUUCUGUGGGAUUCAGCUUAUAAAGGAAAUGAAGUCCUCUCAUUUUCUCCUCUCUUGAAUGCAAUAGCCAAACUGACCCACAACCUUGUGAUCAUAACAAACUCCCCCCCUCCGAGGGAGUGUCUUCAUGUCUGGAUUGCGAGUGUUUGUGGUGAUGGCACUUGUGCACUGAAACUAUACCAGGACCUUGCUGUGGACUGCGUGGUAUAGGCCAAAGGGAACGUGGACUUAACCCCUCCAGUGUUUUUCUGUCGAGAUACAGAGGACGAGGACUGUCUCUGUGAGAGGAUACUGAGCCGUAAUGAACAACACUCUGCCACACAUGUGUAUGAACACUGUAACCAUGAAGGAUUGAUAAGGACAUUAUGAAAAAUGAAGGAUUGAACUCAUUAAAAAUGAGUCACAAAGACGGCUACUUCCUGGAACAUUCUGCAGUCACCAGAUCCAGUUUUAUCAUAGCAGUAUGGCUGCAUUCACACAAGAUCCGGCGGUGAGCCAAAAACGCCAGUGUGUAGUGCAUUGGGCUGCGGCGGUGGGAUCCGCAGGAGGUGACGAAGAAAAAAUUUAGCAGUUUGCAACGAAAAAGUUAAAACUGGUCAACUUUUGGAGAAGCGCAACCUGACGUCGCGCUGCGGUGGUUUCGGAACCGGCGAUUCAGAGCUGUACAACCCAGACACGAGGGAACAAAAUAAACGUUACUCAUCGUACAGUCAAUGAGCCAUUAGUGACACUCCCACACCGCCGGUGAUUCGCUACAAUGUCUGUUCUGGCGUGAAUGCAGCAUAACUACCACAGUACUCUUGUUUGUCAUUUACAAAGUAUUCAACCUAUCUCACCGUCAGUACUUACAAUACAAAUGAGUCAAAUACUUGUCACCAUUUGAGUAUUACCGGAAAUCACCGACUUAAAUAUCACUGCCACAUCUGAUCAGUCACUGCAGGAAAUCCAGUUUUUUGUUUUUUUUAUUUUUAUUUGAACAUGGUUAUUUCAUCCAUGCUGGAAAUCAUGGACUGGUGCUCACAAUUUCUCUCGAGAGAAUGAAGCUGUAUGUAAAUGUUGGUAUUGUAAAUACACUGGUUCUCUGUCUUUUUUUAGAGCAUUUUUUAUGUAUUUGAAAGGCAUGUAAUAUAUAGUAAAACAACUGUUGUUAAGCUGGUUCUUAGUAAUUUGUAUAAUUGCAUUUGUUUGAAUUAAAAACAAAAUCAGCAUUUGAAUCA